AUGUAUAUUUCGUGUUCGUUAUAUAGUCCCAUUUUUUUUUGUGAUGAUUUUUUCCUUUGGGAGGAAAAGGAAGAAGAAAAAAAACUAUUUACAUUUUUUUGUUGGAUUGUACAUGGUGGCUACUUUUUCCGUUUGUACCAAGCUCGUUUGGCCGCGGUGCGACGUUUGGCCCUGGUUAGUCGUGGUGUGGUUUCGGUGAUACUGUCGUGUUGUGCUGGUGUUGGUAGGUCACUGAUUCUCUCUGAUACUGCUGAUAGUGAUGUUAUUGUCGCUUCUAUAAGAUUUGUUCGUUGA